AUGUGUGUAAGGCACGCCAGCAACUGCAGCCUGCCCGCCGCUCCACCAGGCUCGCCGAGCUCUGCCGCACGGAACCGAUGCGUGGACGCGGCUGAGGCGUGCACUGCGGACACGCGGUGCCGUCGGCUGCGCACCGCGUAUGUGGCGCAGUGCCUGGGUCCCGCCUCGCCGGGGAGCUGCCCACGCGCCCGCUGCCGCCGUGCCCUGCGCCGCUUCUUCGCCCGCGGGCCGCCUCCGCUCACUCACGCGCUGCUCUUCUGCCCGUGCGGUGGCCCCGCGUGCGCUGAGCGCCGGCGCCAGACCUUCGUGCCUUCCUGCGCCUUCUCGGGGCCUGGCGCGGCACCGCCCUCCUGCCUCGCGUCCCUAGAAGCCUGCGAGCGAAGCCGGGUCUGCAGGCCCCGCCUCUUGGCCUUCCAGGCCUCCUGUGGGCCCGCCCCCAGCGCCUCGGACCUCUGCCAGGGGCACCAGGCCCCCAGCUGCCUGAGCGCCUACGCCGGCCUCGUGGGCACCGCCGUCACCCCCAACUACGUGGACAAUGCGAGCGCGCGUGUGGCACCUUGGUGCGACUGCGGAGCCAGUGGAAACCGGCGUGAGGAGUGCGAAGCCUUCCGGGGGCUUUUUACUAGGAACCGCUGCCUGGAUGGUGCCAUUCAGGCCUUUGAUGGUUGGCCCCCAAUCCUACAUGACCACCUGGACCCUCACCAGGACUCUGAGCACAGCCUCCUGCAGGUCUGGACAAUUUUAUCAGCCUCCCAAGCAGAUCAUGCUGCAGGUCCAGGGUCAUUGACAGCAUUCCUAGUUCUUUCCUGGGCACUGUUCUCAGGGCGGCCAAAAAAGACCAAGGACAAUGCUGUGGCCUCGGAGGACUGCGGGGAGCUGAGAAGAUACAAGGAGCCAAGGAAGGGAGCUUGCCUGAAUGGUGCAGUUCUGAGGACAAGCUCCCAAUCAGGAAAAGGGGCCUGUCUGAACGGUACAAUUCUGAGGGCAGCUGCCUAAACAAGGGGAUGCCUGCCUGCACGGCACAAUUCCGAGGACAGGCCCCAG